AUCGCGUCCCGCACACAUUAUAUGUCGUCGCGGGAGCAGAUCGGGAGGUUCGAGGUGAACCUCGACCGUCUCCUCGGCUCUGGAGGCUUCGGACAGGUCUUCCGCGCCGUCGACCAGACUGCAUCCCCGCCGCUCUACGUCGCGGCCAAGCGUGGGAGGGUGGCGGACCUGCGCAGGGAGGCGCAGAUACUAGAGCUCGUGGCGGGCCACCCGGCCAUUAUCGAGCUGCAUGGCUUCGUCGAGGACCCGCGGCCCGGAGGCAGGGCGUUCCUCUUCCUCGAGAUCUGCAGCGGGGGAGAGCUCUUUGACCGGCUGAUCGACUCUGGCUGCCUAUCGGAGCGCGCGGCGCGGCCCUUUGCGAGAAAUAUCGCCGAGGCGCUCCGCCACUGCCUCUCGCGCGGCAUCGCGCACCGCGACGUCAAGCUCGAGAACGUGAUGCUCUCAGCCGAGGACCCGAGGGCCCCAAAGCGGAUUGUUUUUGCCGUCCCGCUCGCGCCGGACGGCAGCGUCGAGCCGGUGCUGCUGUACGACGGCGUGGGCUCCAAGUCGUGGAUGGCGCCCGAGCUCUUCUUCGCCUCGGCCGGCUACCACGCCCCCCCCGUCGACUGCUGGGCGUACGGCGUCCUCGUCUUUUCGCUGCUGUCUGGCUUCUUCCCCUUCGACGAGGCGAAGGCGUCCGACUGGCGGUUCGCCAGGCUGGCGCAGAGCGUCGCCAACGGCGUCGGCCCGUGCGACGCCAUCUUCCGCAUGUACAACCGCUCCUGCCCCUUCUCGCCCGCCGCGCGCGAGUUUUGCGACGCGCUCCUCACCAUCGACGCGACUGCGCGCGCCACCAUCGAGCAGUGCCUCAACCACACAUGGCUGACGCCGCCGCCGUCCACAGCCACCGCGCGCGGCGCCUAUCUGGACGACGACGUCGUCUACCGCACGGCGGAGCGGGCGCUCGCCGCAGGCGAGGAGGAGGGUCUGGUCGCCCCGCCGCCCCCCGACGGGGCGCCGCGUCUGAUGAGGCAGACCGCGCGCGUGCUGUGCGCACCGCCCUGA